GCAAGAGUUGCCGCCCCUCUUCACCCACCAGGAGCGAAGGUCGAGCGCGGCGAUCGCACCGCGAGCAGCGCGAUCGCCCCGGCGUCGCGUAGACUGCGCUUGGCGUUGGCGGCAAUUCUCUCCGCGCAUCGGCGGAGGUGUAGCUGGGGCAAGGGAUUAGUCUUGGAACCUUGCAGCGAGCUAGGAUCACGCGAAAUUGCCGAGGUAUGAGCUCAAAAUCCUAGAUUUUGCCGGAGGAAUCGGUCGAGGGGGUAGACCUAGCCAUGGCAGAUCCUCAGCCUGAAGCAUCGUCUUCUUCCAACGUUGCCAGCAGUAGCAGCCAUUCUGGCGAGGGCAAUGCAGAUAAUCCGGGGUAUUGGUGCUACCAGUGCCGGAAAGAGGUGACUGUGGAAGCACGGGAAGAUGGUCCUUCGGUGAUGAUAUGCUCCGAGUGUAGGAAUGGUUUUGUGGAGCCUCUGGGAUCGCCGCCUCCAAGAACUGGGGAAGAGGCUCCUGGUCGCAGUUUAAACAUUAGUAGCAGCAACAACAAUGGUAGCAGCAGUGACAGCCAUGGAUAUCCGGGAAAUACUUUGCGUAGGAGGAGAAGAAGAGGGAACACUCCCACUGUUGCUCGCACUCCUCAGGCCCAGGCUGUGUCACUCACUGAUGCUUUUGGUCAGCUCUAUCCGCAGCAGCUAGUCCAUGUCUUGCAGCUCCUGGGACAGGCAGCUAGAGCCAACAACGAGAACAAUAGUGGAAGUAGCGAUGAUAGCAGGAAUGAGCAGCAUGGCGAAGCACAGCAAGAGAGUGCUGAUGCCACCAAUCAGGAACGAGAGAAUUCGUCGAGUUUGCAACGUAGCGAAGCGCACGAUGAUGGCGACGGUGAUCACGAUGAGAGCGAGAGUGAGGUCGAAGCGGCUCUUUUGGAACGCUGGGAGUCUGAGGACGAGGACGACGAGGACGACGAGGAUGAAUGGGAGGAAGUUGGAGACGAAGAAGGUGCUGCUGGACAAGGUGGCGGGGACGAUAACGCUGACGAUGAAGGAGCUCACAACGAGCAAGAGCAGCGGCAGCCACCGGAGGAACUGCCUCCGCGCAGGAAUGCUCGGGUGAGGAGAGAACAGGGACACAACGCGCGGAGGCCGACGCACUUGCACCAUUACUUGCAAGAGCUCCUCCAGAAUCUGGUCGGACAGAACAUCGAGGUCCGAGUCGAGGUCCCGCAGUACGUAGGCAAUCCGGGGGACUACGUCGAUGCCAGGGGAUUCGAGCUUCUUCUCCAGCAGCUCGCCGAGAAUGACAACUCGCGGAGAGGAGCUCCUCCAGCAGCCAAGUCGGCAGUGGACACGCUUCCGACAAUUCUCAUCGAGCAGGCUCACCUCGAUGACGGCUCGGCUGUGUGUGCGGUGUGCAAAGACACCGUGUGCGUGGGCGAGCCGGCAAAGCAGAUGCCGUGCUUGCACCUCUACCACGCCGACUGCAUCCUUCCGUGGCUGGACUCCAGAAACUCAUGCCCGGUUUGCCGGUUCGAGCUUCCAACAGACGACCCCGACUACGAGGACCAGAAGAGGAUGAGCAGCCAACGCAGGAGCACGCCAUCUCGAGCUGUGGAGCACGUCGAGUCCCAGCAGCAAACCGAAGAGCAGUACGACGCCCAGCAGCAAAGCGAUGCGAGUGUUUCUCGUCCCGGGAGCUCGAGCUCUACGAGCGCUCAAGACGGUGCAAGCAGCAGCGGCAGGAUGGAAGCACAAGAAGAAAUCCAGCCGCCACUUGAAGCCGCAAGAGUUAGCGAAGAACCGCUGCUGGACGCCACCAUGAUCGACGAAGGCAACACCAGUGGAGGAGCAGUGCAGCGGAGGAAUGGAACUCCGGCGAGCCGGGGACGAGGAUGGUCCUUGCUCUCGGCGGCGCCGAUGCUGAGCAUGGUGGGGAUCGUUCUGGUGAUUUGCCUGGGGAAUCAUCUCAUCGGUGGUAGCAGCAGGCAAGGAAAUGGUGGUAGUCACGUCCAGAGGCAGCAGCCGGAUUACUCUAGCCAAGAACCGGGCUUCGAUCGAAUAGCAGCGAGCUCUAGUGACAGUUUCCAGGCGCGAAGACGCUGGUGGUGGCUUCCAUUCCAGCCGAGGUGAUGGUUUCUUCUAGUAGUCUCGCGAAAGUAACGACCUUUAUAAUAAUGGUUAAAACUCUGUGAA